CGCUUUGAUUGCUUUCAACACCAAGCAUGUGCUCGCUACUCAUCAAAAAUAGCUGUACGGUCACCUCACGCAAUUGGUCGUCAUUCUGGCGCCUCCCUGGGGCUCUACGCUCGUACGCUGUGCAAGCCCCAGGCGCUCCGACAGUCGAGGUCUUCGACGCCCACGCCAAAUGGCUGCAGAAAGAGCGAGCGGCUGCCGACGUGCCGCAGAGUCGACAGGUAGACUACCUUCGCGACGAAGUCGCUGCGCGUCUCUGUGAUCGCAUCCUCGACAUCAACCGAUCGUUUCCCCGAGUGCUCGACUUUGGCGCCAACGCCUGUAACAUCGCGCGCAUCCUCACCCGACCUGAUCCCGAUCCCGAUUCUGCGAAGCCGUCUGUCGAGCCAAUCAGCCGGAGGAUAGAAAAUAUUGUAUGCGCAGAGACCAGCCCAACCCUGCUGUAUAGAGACCAGGACGAACCAUUUAAUCGCGAGGUCGACAUUACGAGAGAGGUCUUGAACACCCCCGAGUACGUGCCGUAUGAGACGGACACGUUCGACAUGGUCAUAUCUUCGCUCUCGUUGCAUUGGGUGAACAAUCUGCCUUCGGUGCUCACGCAGAUCAACAACUGUCUGAAGCCGGAUGCCCCAUUCAUUGCCGCGAUGUUUGGCGGAGACAAUCUGUAUGAGCUCCGUGGAUCUCUGCAGCUGGCGGAGCAGGAACGGCUGGGGGGAAUCGGCACCCACAUGUCCCCAUUGGCAGAUGUGCGCGAUGUGGGCAACUUGCUCAGUCGAGCGGGCUUCAAGCUCCUGACUGUGGACGUGGACGACAUCAUUGUCGACUAUCCCCACAUCUCUGCGUUGAUGUCUGACCUGCAGGCCAUGGGCGAAGCGAACGCUGCCCUACGCAGAGGCUCCGGGCCACUGUCAAGAGAAGUCUUGCUUGCAACAGAGGCAAUCUACAGGGAACUGUAUGGCGAGGAGCAGGACGACGGCACGAUCACGAUUCCAGCUUCGUUUAGAAUCAUAUACAUGAUUGGAUGGAAGGAAAGCGAUAAGACACCACAGCCAUUAGAACGUGGUUCAGGUGAAAUCAAUCUCAAGGACCUAUUCGAGGCAGACAAGAAAUAAUAACGAGCAACCGCUUCUUGCUGAGCAUGCCUCAGGCGUCCAAAUGUCUACAGUCAGGUGGCAGGUGAGCUCUGUUGAUCGAAGGGGCUCUUUCAGCUUGCGGUAAAAAUGAACCCGCAUGGUCUACGGUAGCGAUGACAUGUGUGCGGCACAACAUCAAGCAAGGAAUACAUAAUGUGAGUUUUGGGAAUCGUGGGGUAUCAUUAUUCAACCUGCGACAGAGGGUGGAAUUUUUGCAAGAGCAUCUGUCUGCUACACGCCGCAAUGCUCUUUCUAUAAUAUCAGAUAUGUCCCUGCGCGAGUUUUAUGACGGCUCACAGCCCCGCAAGACCAGGCCAUUGUCAUGAGCGUCUAGUACUCAGCUGGAGCUUGUGGGAACUCGAAGUUCACGCCCUUUCCGGUCAGACGCUUGUAGACUUCGGAGUAGGUGUCGAGGCGGUAGUCGACACCACCACGCUCCUUCUCGUCAAGGAUGACCUUCAGAACCUUGGCACCGUCCUCCUUGGUACGAAGACGCUUGCCGACAAUCUCCACUGGGUAAACGAGGUCGGCGAGGAUGGCAUCGUGCACAGCAGUGAGAGUGCGCGAGCGUGGGCGCUUCUGGGUCUGGCUAGUGCGGCUGCGGUUGCUACGCUUUGGGCGUGGCAGAAUGCGGCGCGAGGCGACGAUCAGGACGUGGCGGUCAGAGAAUUUCUUCUCGAGCUCUCGGGUGAGACGCUGCUGGGAGCGGUGCCAGCCCUGGAGGAGCGGUACAGGCACGAAGAUCACAAUUGCCUUGCGUCCGUGGCCCACCUCGAUCUCGCGGGCCGAGACGAAUUGCAGCGGGCGCAGAGCGGCCUUCAUGUCGGGGAUGUUGCUCUCGAGCUCAUAGAGGGCAGUGGCGAUCUGCUGCUCCGUCUCAUUGGGCUUUUGGCGCGAGGGGCUGUUGGGCGCGAUCUUGUUCAAUGCUUGCUGAGACAUGAUGGGCAACGUGCUGCUGUGCUUGUCGGACGAGUGCUGGUUC